UUUCUUCUCUUUUUGAGUCUCGACGCAUCCUUCCUCUUCGCUUCCUAAGGGGUCGCGUAGCGGCGAUCUUUUCUUUCUUUUUCAACCGUCGAUCCGUGUUCAACCCGCGUUCGUCAAGACUCAAGACUGAGCAAGGUAGAGACAGAGUGCUGUGUGCUGAUAUAUUUUAUCAACUUUUUGCAUACAAAAAACUCGUCAACCUUCCGCCAUUGAAGCGUUUCUCUGUUCCGAUCGCGUGUUUUAUCAUUAGAUUUGAAGCUUAGACCUUCGGUUCAAGCCGAUUUCCCGCUCUGGAUUGGAGAAAAUCGUUUUAAACAGUUGGACUUUUAUCGAGAUAUUGGUUUCUAACUUUCGAUUGAGCAUCGUGGUUUGAUUCGUUUAAAAUUAUCGGACUGGUCCCUGUUAUGAUCCCUAUUCGAGUUUUAUGGUAAAGAGAGAUCUGAGGACCUUGCUUGAAUAAAAGAGGAAGAGAUCGCCUUGUGGAGGCGAUUGGGGGAUUCAAUUUUUAAUUUUCCAAGGAGAUGCUUCUGUACACUUAUUGAUCAAUUCAUCGGUUGUUUUUAAUGAUGUCUGCCUCAAACGUCUGGUUGUGAAGUAAUAUGGAACUGAUUGCAAGAUACAAAAAUGACGUUUUAUAUUGCUCGCGAGGCUUCCAAGCUAUGGAGAAGAUUUUCAAUGGAAACGUCGAUAGAACUCAAACUCCUUGCGGAGAAGUGGAAACUUCUUCUUGCUGGAUUGAUUUUUCAGUACAUCCAUGGAUUGGCUGCACGAGGAGUUCAUUAUUUACAUCGACCAGGGCCAACACUUCAGGAUGUCGGCUUUUUUCUUCUUCCAGAGCUUGGACAAGACAAGGCUUACAUCAGUGAGACUGUAUUCACCUUCAUCUUUUUAUCCUUUGUCUUGUGGACUUUUCACCCUUUCAUAUUUCACAGUAAGAAGAUCUACACUGUUUUAAUAUGGCGCAGGGUUCUAGCUUUUCUAGUUGCUUCUCAAAUUCUCCGGAUCAUCACAUUUUAUUCAACACAGCUUCCUGGGCCAAACUAUCACUGCCGUGAGGGUUCAAAACUUGCCACACUACCUCAUCCAUCCAGUGUAUUGGAAGUGCUCUUAAUUAAUUUCCCUCGGGGUGUAAUAUACGGCUGUGGCGAUUUGAUUUUUUCUUCUCAUAUGAUCUUUACUUUAGUCUUUGUGCUCACAUAUCAGAAAUAUGGCACGCGAAGGUGUGUCAAGCAGCUUGCUUGGUUUUUUGCUGUUGUUCAAAGCCUCCUCAUUAUAGCAUCCCGCAAGCAUUACACAGUCGACAUUGUUGUUGCAUGGUAUACAGUAAAUUUGGUGGUAUUCUUUAUAGAUAAGAAAUUGCCAGAACUCCCUGAUCGCAGCAAUGGAAAUGGAACUUCAUCUCCAUUGUUACCGUUGAGUACCAGAGAGAAGGAUAGCAAGACCAAAGAAGAGCAGCACAAGCUCUUGAAUGGAAAUUCUGGGGACACAGCCGAUUGGAGACAGAGAACACAAGUCAAUGGCAAGAUUGUCGAAAAUGGAAACGCUGUCCAUGCUGAGAAAGUAAUGAAUGGUACAUAGAUGAUGGCGGGGGGCACUGGGAUUACCACUGCAGUUAUGGGGAGAUGCGGCCGAGGCUUCCAGUUAAAAGCCAUGCGACCUGACCUCGACUUGCGCAGCUCAAUUGUAAUGUUGGGCCAGUGACACUGUAAAACUGAUCUGUAUUCAUCAAGGGUUGGAAGAUUAUGGUUCUUUUUCUCUUCUUUCUUAAUACUUUUGUCCCUUUCAUGUUUCAAUGUUUCAUGUUAAUGCCAUCCCUCGUCACCAUGUA